AUGAAGCUCUCUGUUGGUCUACUACUCGCUGCCGUCGCUCUUGCGAACGUCUCUGCUGGAACUCAAGAUAGCAACGUCCCAAUGCCGCCUCCAAACUCUGACUUGAACCCUCAUCCAGUCGAGGAAAACUACGCACCGACCGCGAACAUGCCAGCCACCAAGCAUGACAGCGGCUCUACCAUCUUCUACCUGCCCAAGUCAAACCCAACGCCGCUCGACCCGAAACAAUUGGAAGGUCUCGGCCCUAUGGUACCGUUCAACGGCAAGGAGGGGAAGGAUUUCUUCUUGCGGCGGAACGGUAUAUGGGUAGAUGGAGCUACUUCGUCCGAGUGCCCAACGUCGUGCUCGGAUGAGACAGGCAACACGGUGUGUGGCAGCGAUGGCAUCACCUACGGCAACGAAUGUUGGCUCCGUCUCACUCAAUGCCUCUACCCGAAACGAAACGUUUGGAAAGCCUCCGAUGGAGACUGCCAGUCGAACCUUGAAUACCCUAAGCAAGAGUAG